AUGGCCACAUCUACUGCAGAGCUGCUUCUGGCCACUCUGACAGAGCUGGAUAAAGAUGAAUUGAAGACAUUUAAAUGGUACCUUAAGCAGCCUGAUGGGUUUAUCUCCCAGUUGGGCCUUCUCUCCCAUCCCCAAAAUGCCAGUUAGAGGGUGCUGGCAGAGAGGACAUUGUGGACAAGAUGGUGGAGACCUACAGCUAUGUGACCACUCUGGAUAUCUCACUGGAGAUCCUGAGGAAGAUGAAACUCAACAAUCUAGCUGAGAAGUUAAUGACAGACUGUAAAAAA